UCAUUUUAGUUUCUCCAUAAACGCUGGACAAGUAAUAGCCUCUCUGUGUUACUACCUAUCCGCAAACGAGAAUAGAAUGACGGUUAAAGCAGUUUGUGUUCUUCAAGGCGAUGCCAAGGGAACUCUUUUCUUUGAGCAAUCAGGCGAAUCGGACCCAGUCAAGGUGACUGGCGAGGUUUCAGGUUUGAAGCAAGGCCUGCAUGGUUUUCAUAUUCACGAAUUUGGAGAUAAUACUAAUGGUUGCACCAGUGCUGGACCUCACUUUAAUCCUCUUGGUAAAGAGCAUGGAGGACCUACAGAUGACGUUCGUCAUGUAGGGGACCUAGGAAACGUAGAAGCUGGAGCUGAUGGUAUAGCGAAAAUCCAAAUAACCGACAAAUUUAUUAAUCUUCAUGGAGUUCAUAACAUUAUUGGCAGAACACUUGUGGUUCACGCUGAUCCCGAUGAUUUAGGCAAAGGAGGACACGAGCUUUCAAAAACUACUGGAAAUGCAGGAGGGCGUUUAGCAUGUGGCGUCAUCGGUAUCACAAAAGCAUAAAACUAUUAUUAAAGAUGAAAACGAAAGCUUUAUUGUAUUCUAUUAUUAUUCGA